AUUACAGGCCGUUGCGAGUUGGGUGUGUGGGUUUUUCUUCAUUCAUUUCCGUCUUCGACUCUUGGAUUCGCAAGAGAUUUUAGUUUAGGGAAUUAGCAUUAUUUAGGCGAAUACAAAAUGACUGAUGAUAAAACGGAGUUCGAUUGGGGAAACGAAAAACUGCAGCGUGCCCAGAAAACGGUAGACGAAUCCCCUUAUGAUCUCGAAGCAUGGAGCAUCCUUAUCAGAGAAGCACAGAACAGACCUAUUACAGAAGUAAGGCCAGUUUUUGAGAAGCUCGUCAGUGUGUUUCCUUCCGCUGGUCGUUAUUGGAAAAUUUAUAUAGAACAAGAGAUGAAAAUGCGCAACUUUGAAAAGGUGGAAAAGCUUUUCCAAAGGUGCCUCAUGAAAAUCUUAAAUAUUGAGUUGUGGAAACUUUACCUUUCUUAUGUCAAAGAAACUAAAGCCAGUCUUGCAACGUAUAAGGAAAAAAUGGCACAAGCAUAUGAUUUUGCAUUGGAUAAAAUUGGUAUGGACAUACAUUCUUAUAGUAUAUGGAAUGAUUAUGUUACUUUUCUGAAAAGUGUUGAAGCUGUUGGUUCAUAUGCUGAGAAUCAGAAGAUUAGCGCAGUCCGGAAGGUGUAUCAACGUGGUGUUGUCAAUCCUAUGAUAAAUAUGGAACAACUAUGGAAAGAUUAUAUGGCAUUUGAACAAAAUAUUAAUCCAAUAAUUGCAGAAAAGAUGGCUAUUGAGCGUUCUAGGGAUUACAUGAAUGCAAGAAGAGUUGCCAAAGAGUUAGAGGCAGUAACAAGAGGAUUGAAUAGAAGUGCUCCUAGUGUACCUCCAACUGGUCACCCAGAAGAAGUUAAACAGGUUGAACUGUGGAAGAAAUAUAUUGCAUGGGAACGUAGUAAUCCAUUAAGAACAGAAGAUACUUCCUUAGUUGCUCGCAGAGUAAUGUUUGCUAUAGAACAAUGUUUAUUGUGUUUGGGUCAUCAUCCUGCAGUGUGGCAUCAAGCUGCACAUUUUUUAGAACUUAGUUCAAAGAUAUUGACGGAAAAAGGAGAUGUAAAUGCUGCAAAAAAUUUGAGCGAUGAAGCUGCGACAAUGUUCGAAAGAGCAACAAGUACAUUGUUGUCAAAAAAUAUGUUAUUGUAUUUUGCACAUGCAGAUUUUGAAGAAGGAAGAGUAAAAUACGAAAAAGUGCAUCAAAUAUAUCAAAAGUUCCUUGACAUACCUGAUAUUGAUCCUACAUUAGCGUAUGUACAAUAUAUGAAAUUUGCGAGACGCGCAGAAGGUAUAAAAUCUGCUAGAACGGUAUUUAAAAGAGCUCGAGAAGAUCCAAGGUGUAAGCAUCACGUAUAUGUUGCUGCCGCGUUAAUGGAAUAUUAUUGUACCAAGGACAAAAAUAUUGCUUUUCGAAUAUUCGAACUAGGGUUAAAAAAAUUCGGAGAUAAUCCUGACUAUAUACUUUGUUACAUCGAUUAUUUAUCGCACUUGAAUGAGGAUAAUAAUACAAGAGUUUUGUUUGAAAGAGUUUUAUCUUCUGGUAGUUUAGAACCUGAAAAAUCAGUCGAUAUAUGGAAUCGAUUUUUGGAAUUUGAAUCCAAUAUCGGAGAUCUGGCUAGUAUUGUUAAAGUUGAGAAACGUCGUAGCGCUGUGUUAGAAAAGAUCAAAGAAUUUGAAGGUAAGGAGACUGCACAAUUAGUAGAUAGAUAUAAGUUUUUGGAUCUAUACCCAUGUACUCCUAUGGAGUUACGGUCUAUUGGAUAUAUGGAAGUAUCCAAUGUUGGAAGAAAUACAGCUGGUGCAUUACCGCGAAUACCGGAUCCAGAGGAAGCUAUAGCCUCAUUACCAAGACCUGAUUUAUCACAAAUGAUUCCUUAUAAACCGAAAGUAAAUCCAUUACCUGGAGAGCAUCCGGUACCUGGUGGUUCCUUUCCGUUACCGCCAGCUGCAGCCCAACUUUGUACUAUGCUUCCGCCACCUGGAUGUUUCAGAGGACCGUUUGUGGCUGUUGAUUUGCUCAUGGAUGUUUUCAAUCGCAUUCAGUUACCAGACCAUGCUCCAUUGCCGAUAGCAGAUAAUGGAUGCGACACAAAGUUGUUCGAUCUAGCGAAGUCUGUGCACUGGAUUGUCGAUGAAAGUAACGAUGGAGUUAGUAUUGGAUCCAAACGUCGAAGAACGCGCUUAGGAGGCGAUGACAGCGAAGAAGAAGAUUUACCACCGCCUCCUGCAAACGAUAUAUACCGCCAAAGACAACAGAAACGAGUCAAAUGAACAGAAAAGUACGAAAUACC